CGGGGACAAGGGUCAUGCUCUUGGCAGAGCCCGGCCACAUUCACGACCUCGGUGCCUGGCAAAUUUAGAGUCGAAACACUGCCUGCGUCGCCUCCGCCAGUCCUCCGCGGCUUAUCUGAGUCUCUCGGGACGCAAACCGCUGUGAACUUCGCCGGCGCUUUCUGAAAGCCUUGAUGUGGUUGCACGUGGUGCUGUGGCGACCGCGGAAUCCAAGCGGCGCCAAGGAUAAAAAGCGGGCGAUGAUGCAACGGGCGAUCCCCCGUCCCCCCGUUCCCCCCACCAAGGAAUGCCCGACACGACCGAUCAUCAUGAGUCCACCGCUGUCCUGACAGACCCCAACGACGAGAAGCGCUUCGCCGCUAGCUCGCCAGAACCUCAGUUCGUCGCCAGCAAUGAAGACCACGACCACAACCAUCGCCCGCAGCGCAAGAGUAGCGGCAACGACCUGCUCGAGACGGGCACGCACACGACGGCGGAGUCUACCGCCGCGCCGACGCAGCGUGUGACGCGCCCGCCCCCCUUCUCGCGCAAGCUCACGAAGAGUUUGUUCUUGCGCCCCGCGAGCACGCGCGGGCCUGCGCCGGGCUGGAAGGAGAGCAUCAAGUGCGCGCUGACCUACAGUUGGAUCAACGUGCUGCUCAUCUUCAACCCCAUCGCAUGGGCGCUGCAUUACACUCACCAGGAAGAUGGGGCCGUCUUCGCCAUGGCCCUCCUCGGCGUCAUCCCCCUCGCCGGCAUGCUCGGCCACGGCACGGAGACCAUCGCGCUCUACACUGGCGACGCGCUCGGCGGCCUCAUCAACGCCUCCCUCGGCAACGCCACCGAAUUCAUCAUCGCCAUCCUCCUGCUCGUCAAGUGCGAGAUCCGCGUCGUCCAGGCCUCCCUCCUCGGCGGGCUGCUCUCCAACCUGCUCCUCGUCACCGGCAUGGCCUUCAUCGUCGGCGGCGUGCGCUUCUCCGAGCAGGAGUUCCAGCAGACGGCCGCGCAGCUGAACACGUCGCUCCUGACGCUCGCCGUCAUCGCCCUCGUCAUGCCGACGGUGUUCGCGUUUGCCAUCGAGCAGGCGCAGGACGAGGACAAGGAGAGGGAUAUCAUCCUGCAGAUGUCGCGUGGGAGCGCGCUCAUUCUGAUCUUCAUCUACAUCUCCUACAUGGUGUUCCAGCUCUACAGCCACACGUACCUGUACAACCCGGAAAACGAUGUGCUGAACGACUCGCCGAGGUCGUCGCGCUCGUCGUCUCCCGAGCGUGAGGUUACACCCGAGCCGGCGCCGCAGCUCACGCAGCGCAAGGUGACGGGCCAGCGACGUGCGAACUCGUUGCCCUUUGGUAGCGCAGCGGCUCUGGGAAGAGGAAACCGCAGCCCACUUGCUCCGGCUCUUCACCCUAAAAUCGCAGAGAAGGACGAGGAAUUGAGGCUCCGCGCUGCCCGUGAACGUCUUCUUAUGCAGACGGCCGCCCGCCGCGACGUCGAAGCAGCCAUGCACAGGCGCGGUUCCGAGGACGAGGAAGAAGAAAAGGAAAGCCCCGAGAUGAAUCUUGCCGUCGCCAUCGGUACCCUCGUCGCUGCCACCGGUCUCACCUACGUCACCGCCGAAGCCCUCACCGACUCCCUCGAAGGCAUCGGCCAGUCCGGCUCCGUCAGCACCGAAUGGCUCGGCCUCAUCCUCCUCGCCAUCGUCGGCAACGCCGCCGAGCACGUCACCGCCGUCUUCGUCGCCUACCGCAACAAGGUCGACCUCGCCCUCGCCGUCUCCGUCGGCUCCUGCAUCCAGAUAGCCUUAUUCGUCAUCCCGCUGUUGGUGCUGAUAGGCUGGAUGGCGGACAAGCCGCUGUCGCUGCUGUUCGACCCGCUGGAGGUGGUGACGCUGUUUUUGAGCGUGCUGUUGGUGCGGUUUGCGACGGAGGAUGGGAGGACGCAUUAUAUGAGUGGGAUCUUGUUGUUUGGGACGUAUGUUUUGAUUGCUUUCUCGUUCUGGUACUACCCGCAGGGAGGUACUUCUGUCAGCCAGCUUUUCGACUCCUGCUAGACUUAUGAUACUCACGCGUGAUGAUUUACGCCGUACUUGUCAGUGAACAUUGCUCUCUACCCAUGGAUUGGCAUUGCUAUAGUUCAGCGUACCGACCGACAGACUACGAAUGCAUGCAUGUUCAACGAU